AUGGCUUUUGACUCGCAUGCAUUCUUUUUAUCUGGCAUUCCUCUUCCCACUUCGACAAACGUAAAAGACGACAACGACAACACCACUCAUACAAUGUCUACCUCUUCUUCUAAAGCACCGCGAUUGGACACUCUUCAAAGCACUUCCUAUGGUGCUAUGAACUCGUCCCCCACCAACUUGACCGCUUCACCCGUCGAUUUCGCAAACACAAACAUACCCACGAGUAUAACAUGGUUGCUGAUGUAUACUUCCCCUUUCAUACACUCCCUCUCGUACUUUCUAAGUCUGAUUACGUGGUCCACGCCUAACACUAGCGAGUCGUGCUUGCUGUUAGCCGCUUGGUGGUCUGUUUGUCUAUUUCCGAGACAGAUCUUGGUUUAUGGAAUUCAUCUGUUACUGCUUGCGUGGAUCGGCUGGCAUUGGCUCGAGAAAAAGAAAAGAGAAAAAUUGGGAAAGCCUGAUUCAAUCUUACGCGCAAUUUCACAACAAGAUCUAAACAACACGAAAAUCGACUGGUCGGAUCCGGUACAAACACAAAGAGUAAUGUUUGGUUUGCUCUAUUCUUACCCCUUCUGGCUCGCAUUUAAUUAUUUUGUCUCUUUAACGUGGACAUUUAUCAUAAUCGGUACUCUGGCGUUAAUAUGGAAUAGUCCAUGGUUUAGAGUUAUUCAGCAUGUUUCAAUGCAGAAUGUGUUUAUUAGAGGUUGUGUUGUGUUCAUAGUUGGUUUCGUAUGGGUUGGUAAGUUUCAACCAGAGGGUGUCAGAGGGUUCUCUGUUGCUGCGCUGGUCAGAAAAGCCAAAGACCAACAAAGGAGGAAUGUGUCAAAAAAGACAAAUGGCAAAGAUGGGUCGAAGAAUUCAACGGAAAUGGUUUAUAGCUUUGUACUAUAUGAAAAUCAGAGAUGGUGGCUGGGAUUAGACUGGACUACAAAUCUUUUUCCCAAUGAGAGGCCCGCAUGGUCUGACGAAUACAACGAAGCAACUAAUAACAAGGACUCUUUCCAACUUCCUCCUCCAGACACUUCGAUCACAGUCCCACAGGAUAAUCCAAACGUCAUGGUUCGUAAGACUACUGAAUGGCGAUGGGUAGAUCCAGACUGGUGGAUAGACAUGGACGGUAAUGUCGACAAGGAUGGGUGGGAAUAUGCUGAUAAUCACUGGAAAAAUUUUACGGGUAAAGGUGGCUUCCGUCGCUACACGCGUCGAAGAAAAUGGAUACGAACAGCACGAUGUAUCGAGACACUCGAGAAAAGGGACAUCAAUACAUCCGCAACGCCGUCUCAUUCGAGUGAGAGUCGGGACAAGGGAUCGAGUUCAAGUAGCAGUCCGCAGACUCUAUCGGCAAGCAAUCGGAGUAUGCGCACUAUAUCAAGAGGCCCUGAUGGAAAAUUCGAGCUUAGUGCAAUCGAGGACGUAAAACCGACACCGAAUGGAGGAAAUAUUGGGUCGUAG